UCGCACCCAUUACCAGCCUUGGGAAAAUUCACAUUCCGUUAUCUCGUUCUUCUCUACGUAUCUUAUCUACAGAGCGAUGAAGUUAAGAAUUAGAUCACUCGAAUCGAAAGAGACCCUGAAAAUCGAAUUACCAUCAACUUCUUCUUUUCAAAAUCUCAAAGAAACAAUCGCAGAAAAAAUCUCAGUUUCUUCUGAAACCCUACAACUCUCUCUUAACCGAAAAGACAGGAUUGAUGCUGCUCCUCAUGAUUCACUUCAAGCAAUAGGAAUCGCUUCUGGGGAUCUUAUUUUCUACACUACAAACCGUAUUGGGUUUAUUUUAGGUAAUACCCAAAUCCUUAUUUCCUCUCAAAUUCAGCAAGUAAAUAGUCCAAAUCAAACUAGGGAACAAGGGGAAAGUUCUAAUAAUAAUUCUGAUUUGAAUGUUUAUAUAAAGGCUGAAACCCGAACCCUAGCUCCAAUAGAAGAAACCCCAAUCCCAAUUAAUUUUAGUGAAGUUAAGGAAACCCUAACUCUAGCUGAAGAACAACCUAUGGAUAUCUCCGAUGAUGAAAACCCUAAUGGUGUAGUGGAGAAGGUUUCUUCAGUUCCGUGUUUUCUUAAGAAGGUUCUUACAGAGGAGGCGGGUAUAUCUGAAUUAGGGGACUAUAAGCUUUUGAUUAUUGCUGUGCAUGCCGUCUUCAUGGAAUCUGGUUUUGUUGCUUUUGAUCCUUUUAGGAAAACGAGGAUUAAUAAUUUUCAGCUUCCUGAAGGAUGGGCGUCGAAAUCUACCCUGUCUGUACAAUAUACAGUGCCCCUUCUUCUAGGGUCUGGUUGUGAUGAUGCAGUAGAAACUGUGGUUUUAAUGUUUCAAACUUUAGGGAAAUUUGUAACCGUUCAUGGGUCUUUGAGUAGGAAUGGUAAAGAUUUGUACAGGUGUUGUUUGGAUAAAUCCCUUUAUGUUCCCUCUAUAAAUUUCGCGUGGUUGAACUGUGAGUCCAACAAUGCCAUGAAUAUCGAGGCUGAGUCUUCUUCGAAUUCUUCUAAGACAUUGCACGAAGGGACAUCUGAGGAUUCUGAUAAAACAUUGGAACAGUUACAUGAAGGCAAAAUUUUUGAAUUGUGGAAGAUAGCCAAGGAUAAACUUGCACUGCCACUUCUAAUUGAUCUUUGUGAGAAGACUGGGUUGUCUUUACCGCCAUGCUUUACUUUACUGCCUACAGAACUUAAGCUGAAGGUACUCGAAUCUCUUCCUGGUGUUGACAUUGGAAAAGUUGCCUGCGUUUCUUCAGAAUUGAAGUAUCUUUCUUCGAAUAAUGAGCUGUGGAAGCAGAAGGUUGUGGAAGAAUUCGAUCAGUCAGAUAUAGACAGGAAUAAAAAGGUCCAUUGGAAGCAAACGUUUGUUGUGUGCUGGGGAAAUAAGAAGGCAAGGAUAUUGGGGAGGCGGAGGUUCCCUAGGCCCAACCCUUUAAGUGGAGGGAUAAUACCUUCUCCACUAUUUUUCCACCACCCCAGAAGGCAACCACGUCACUUUCCUAGAGUUAUAGGUGGAGAUCAUGAUAUCUAUCCUGGAGGAGUUGUACCAUUUGGAAGUCAACCGAUCAAUCGCUUUUCACAACGGAGAGGUGUCAUACCUGAUUGCAAUCUUGAUGGAUUCAGACACUAGUGGCCGGUCAUCAUGUUCAAGCAUUCAGGCAGAGGUAUUUUGAUUUAUGUGGAGAACUUAAGUUGGUUUCACCCGUGGGUUUCUGUUUACUACUAAAAUGUGGCUGUUUUUUGUUUAUAUGUUAUGUCAUAUACAUUUUCAUUUCAAGUCGUGGUUAAUAGCGACAAGCAUAAUCAGACUGUUUUUUCAUUCCAUGUAUGAAUAUGUGCAUCAGAUUGUAGAUUACCAUCUGUUUCUCGUUUCUCAUGAUGGUCUGUUGUUCUAA